UCUCAAUCUCUAAAACUUCGAAAACAAUGAACAAUAUAUUGUUCUUCUUCUUCCUCGUCGUUUUUCUUCUAUCUCCACCACAAAUCCAAUCCCAAACCAUCCCAAGUAACAUCAGCAUUUUCAUAUUGGCCGGUCAAAGCAACAUGGCGGGUCGAGGCGGAGUUUAUAACGACACCGCCACAAACACCACCGUGUGGGACGGCGUAAUUCCGCCGGAAUGUCGAUCAAACCCUUCGAUCCUCCGUCUCACGGCCAAGCUCGAGUGGGAAGUAGCUAAAGAGCCACUCCACGUUGACAUUGACGUUAACAAGACCAAUGGUGUUGGACCAGGGAUGUCAUUUGCAAACCGGGUAGUUAACCGGUUUGGUCAGGUGGGUUUGGUUCCUUGUUCUAUAGGUGGGACUAAACUAAGCCAAUGGCAAAAGGGUAAGUUUUUGUACGGGGAGAUGAUUCGGAGGGCGAAAGCUGCGGCAGUGGCUAGUGGCGGCGGCUCGUACCGGGCGGUUUUGUGGUAUCAGGGUGAGUCGGAUACGGUGGAUAUGGUAGAUGCUUCGGUUUAUAAGAAGAGACUAGUAAAGCUUUUCAAUGAUCUGCGAAGUGAUUUACAUCAGCCAAAUCUUCCUAUUAUCCAGGUGGCUCUAGCAACAGGCGCAGGACCAUAUCUUGACGCAGUGAGAAAAGCUCAGUUGAAGACUGAGCUUGAGAACGUGCAUUGUGUUGACGCAAUGGGCCUAUCUCUUGAACCGGACCGUUUGCAUCUGACCACAUCCUCUCAGGUGCGGCUCGGUCAGAUGAUGGCUGAUGCUUUCAUAGCCAUUCCCAAUUCAGCCCAACCACUACUCUAUUGUUUUCUGUCCUUGUUCUGUUUCCGCUAUUUUUCUUAUAAUAUUGUUGGACCCUACCUUACCAUUUUUGGAGUACAUUUUUUUUUUUCUUUUUUAGAUUCGUCAUGAUAUUUGGUUCAACUUACUAUAGAAAAUCUUGAA